CACUGCAGGCGGCCUGCGUGUUGCUGUAACAGGUGCUGAGAGCUGGCGUGGGAGUGGAGCCUCCCGUGGCGCUGGAGGGGCGGGAGCUGCACCCUGUUUCCUGUCUCUGACCUCAGAGGCUGCGAGACCGAGUGGGCAGCAGGAUGUGUCCCUGAGGCCCGGAACGUCCUCCACACUUAAUGAAUGCUGGCUCGCGGGAAGCAAAUGCGAGCCUGGCGCUGGCUUCGCGGCUGGGGUGUGGAGCUCACAGCCACUGGAGUGCUCCCACGGCGACAAACCUCACACGUCCAGCACGCCUGGCCGGUGGCCUUCCCUGAUGCACGGGCAUGUGGAUCCUUCCAGAAGCGUCUCCCCCUGCACCUCCGGGAUGCCUGCACCAGGAGCCUUCCCCACAGCAGCCCUGUCCCCUGCAGUGGGCGAAGGCAGCAGCCCAUGCUGAGCUCUGCGGGGCCCACGGCCGUGUCAGGCCCCGAGGUCACCCGGGUCACGUCUGCAGGGACCCUGACCCCAGCGGCCCCCCAGCAUCUGGCCUCUGCGUUAACCGUGGGGGCUCCAAGACCCUGCCCCCGGGGGCUGACGGUAGAACGAGGGUGAGGACCCCGCUGCUCCAUUUCAAAUGCGUCUUGACCUUGGCCGUCACCAGGCCUGCUCUUGGCCACAUUGCCGCGUGGGCCUCCAUGCCCAGCCCAGUACCACAUCUGCCUUCACGGCUCUCAGGCCUGCAGUCUGUCUGAUCAUCGCCAGAUUUCUCCCAGACCCCAGCCACGUAGGGGUUAACACUGCCGUGCGUGCUUCCACUGGAACAAAGCCCAGACUCCAGGGCGCGCCUGCUGCCCGCCGCCCACCUCGUGAGUCCCGCUGAGCCCACGCUGGGACUCGGGCCCUUCCAGCCCUGUGGCUGACGAGUGUACGACUGCCCGUGGGCAGCGAGGCCCCGCUCUGGGGUCUGGUGCCAGGACGUGGGCUGGGCCGGUGCAUCCUUGCCGGGGGUUCCCAGCCCUCCUCGGCGCACCCCUGUCCGGCUCCUCCGCCUCCUUGUCUAAUCUUAUUUCGUUAAAGUAACAGGGUUUGUUAUUAUUGUUAUUGGAGACAUACAAAUAUUGGGACUCCAUCCAGGUCUGGCACCUGAGCCGUCACCGCUGCCUCCCAGGUGCGCAGGGGGCUGGCGUAAGGGCAGAGCCGGCACUGAACCAGGCGCCCGACAGCGUCUCCACUGCGGGGCCACAGCCCUGCCCGGAUCGACAGCUUUGAAGGUGCCGCCGCGUUCUGACGGCCUGGGUGGGCCCUCCACGCAGGAGGCUCCCGCUGUCACGAGUGGAGGAUGGGCUGGGUGUGGGAGGUGUCGGCCCCACUUCCCCACAGCCCUCGAGUCAGCGAGGAGAGAAGCAGCAGGUGGACAAUCUCGCUGUCAUCAUCACUUCUAGCACGAAAGCCUUCCGAGUGGCAGACAGGGAGAAGCAAAGCAGAAGUGUGCAGCAGGGAAUGAAAUGGGGCGAGGAGGGCACAGGCAGAGCUGCGGGCACAUCCCCCACACCAACCACGUUAGCACACAGCCCCCAGGGUGCACUCACAGGCCAGGUCACCCCAGGGUGCACACUCACAGGCCAGGUCAGCCCCAGGGUGCACACUCACAGGCCAGGUCAGCCCCAGGGUGCACACUCACACAGGCCGGGUCAGCCCCAGGGUGCACACUCACAGGCCAGGUCAGCCCCAGGGUGCACACUCACACAGGCCAGGUCAGCCCCAGGGUGCACACUCACAGGUCAGGUCAGCCCCAGGGUGCACACUCACAGGCCAGGUCAGCCCCAGGGUGCACACUCACACAGGCCAGGUCAGCCCCAGGGUGCACACUCACAGGCCAGGUCAGCCCCAGGGUGCACACUCACACAGGCCAGGUCAGCCCCAGGGUGCACACUCACACAGGCCAGGUCAGCCCCAGGGUGCACACUCACACAGGCCAGGUCAGCCCCAGGGUGCACACUCACAGGUCAGGUCAGCCCCAGGGUGCACACUCACACAGGCCAGGUCAGCCCCAGGGUGCACACUCACACAGGCCAGGUCAGCCCCAGGGUGCACACUCACAGGCCAGGUCAGCCCCAGGGUGCACACUCACACAGACCAGAUCAGCCCCAGAGUUCACACUCACACAGACCAGGUCAGCCCCAGGACACACACAGUCCAGGUCAGCCUCAGGGUGCACACUCACAGGCCAGGUCAGCCCCAGGGUGCACACUCACACAGACCAGGUCAGCCCCAGGGUGCACACUCACACAGGCUGGGUCAGCCCCAGGGUGCACACUCACAGGUCAGGUCAGCCCCAGGGUGCACACUCACACAGGCCAGGUCAGCCCCAGGACACACACAGACCAGGUCAGCCCCAGGGUGCACACUCACACAGACCAGGUCAGCCCCAGGGUGCACACUCACACAGGCUGGGUCAGCCUCAGGGUGCACACUCACAGGCCAGGUCAGCCCCAGGGUGCCCACUCACAGGCCAGGUCAGCCCCAGGGUGCACACUCACAGACCAGGUCAGCCCCAGGGUGCACACUAACACAGGCCAGGUUAGCCCCAGGGUGCACACAGGCCAGGUCAGUCCCCAGGACACACACAGUCCAGGUCAGCCCCAGGGUGCACACACACAGAUCAGUUCCCAGGUGAGGGCGGCAGCCACCCCUGCCUCCUCCACCCCCAGGAGCUGCUGGCCAUACCCAGUCACGUGA